GGCUGGAGCCCGCGCCGCCGGAUGACGUCACCACGCUUCCGGCCGGAGCGGGCCUGGCAGCGGCGGGACCGCGUCACUGGGGCGCGCCGCGGGUCCGGGCGCGAUGGCGGCGCUGGGCGGGGAUGGGCUUCGCCUGCUGUCGGUGUCGCGGCCGGAGCGGCAGCCCGAGUCGGCGGCUCUGGGCGGUCCAGGCCCCAGUUUGUGCUGCUGGGUGUCCGUGUUCUCUUGUCUCAGCCUCGCCUGCUCCUAUGUGGGCAGCCUCUACGUCUGGAAGAGCGAGCUGCCCAGGUGCGGGGGCUGCGCGCGCGCGCGCCCGCGCGGCCGGAACCCGCGCCUCCACGAGGCGGGGCUGUGGGCGGAGCUUGGGCGAACAGAGGGUGGGGUCGCGCUGUCAGGAGAUGGCUGUGGGCCCCUGGAACUUACUGCCUCCUUCAUAGGGACCAUCCCGCCGUCAUCAAGCGGCGCUUCACCAGUGUCCUGGUAGUGUCAAGUCUCUCGCCCCUCUGCGUGCUACUCUGGAGGGAACUUACAGGCAUCCAGCCAGGCACAUCCCUGCUCACUCUGAUGGGAUUCAGGCUGGAGGGCAUUUUUCCAGCAGCGCUGCUGCCCCUGCUGCUGACCAUGAUCCUUUUCCUGGGCCCACUGAUGCAGCUCUCUAUGGAUUGCCCCUGUGACCUGGCAGAUGGGUUGAAGGUUGUCCUAGCCCCUCGCUCCUGGGCCCGCUGCCUCACGGACAUGCGCUGGCUGCGGAACCAAGUGAUCGCCCCCCUGACAGAGGAGCUGGUGUUCCGGGCCUGCAUGCUGCCCAUGUUAGCACCGUGCACAGGCCUCGGCCCUGCUGUGUUCACCUGCCCACUUUUCUUUGGAGUUGCCCAUUUUCACCACAUUUUUGAGCAGCUUCGUUUCCGCCAGAGCAGUGUGGGGAGCAUCUUCUUGUCUGCAGCGUUCCAGUUCUCCUACACAGCUGUCUUCGGUGCCUACACUGCUUUCCUCUUCAUUCGCACAGACCUCUGCCACCGUGCCGGUUGUUUGGUCCCUGGAGGAACCCAGAACAAAGGUCCAGCGAGCAUAAGCAACCCUGCCAAGCAACACUGUAACUCAGGGUUCUUUCUAGAACUUGGUAGUAUUUUACCUGCUCUUCCUCGUGUUUUUGGAAUGGUUCUUAUAGUCUCAUUCCGCUGCCCCUAGGACACGCCCCACCCCACCCCGCUCCGCUUUUUUUUAAACAUUCUUAAUGUUAUCCCUUUAGGUCCCAUUCCAGACUCAAGGAGGUUGUCCCAAGUCCCCUUCCCUGAGGCUGGUGGUCGAAGGAAAGGAAACCGCUGUGCAGUCACUCCCCACAGCUCCCCCAGGUUGGCUGUGACUAAAGUAUAACUGGAUCUAAAAGGGCAUCGUGACAGUCCCGUACCUACCUCGCUGGAGAGCUUUCCUCUCCCCCAGUCUGUGUAGCAGCUGUCAGGGAAGCCAAGGAAUUGAGCACAGGCUGGUUUUAGAGGGUACAUUUGGGAUCUGGGAGUCGAGAGAGGAGGCGGCCCAGGACCACACCAAAGGUUAGGUGUAGUACCCGGAGAGCACUCGGCUGGCAGGGUGCUGGGAUGUACUUCCUGCCUCGUCCCCUGAGGGUCAGGGGAUCUGGGCUCUGUCCCUCCUCUUCCUUAUGCUCCUGCUCAGGAACUGCCCAGGGCCCCCCUGCCUUUCUCUUUACUCACCAUCCUUACCUGCCCUGUGCAGUGGGCAGCAGUGCAGUGACAUGGGCAGGGUUUCUGUCCCACCCCGCAGGUGAGGGAACUGCAGGGCAGAAUUAGGAUUCUCCCGAGGGCUGUUUGCGGGGUAAGGGGUCAGGCAGGAUUAGAUCCUGGGACUCAGUCCAGUGCUCCUAACCUCCCACCAAAAUCCACACCCAGAGGUUCCCACACCCAAGGGUCUCGUCUGCCUCUAGAAAGUGGUGUCUGUUUGCAUCUAGUUCUGAAUAGGGCGGUGGGUUGGUCCCAGCUUAGAAAAUAAAGCAGUGUAGUUGAGAAGCAAGUCCACCAGCAGCCUGGGUUUGAACUCUCUCUGCAUCUUAACUAGCUGUCGGGUCCUGGACAAGUUAUUUAACCUGCCUAUGACUCCAUUUCUGUGUCUAUAAAAUGGGUGAAAGUGUUACUAGGUGUUACUGGGUGUUAAGUGCUUGGAACAACCCCUUCCCCAGCCCAAGCUCUCAGUGACAACUGGCUACGCCUGUCUGGGGUGUGUAUACAAUAGGCACUUCGUAGUGACUUAAAACCAGGGCCACUGUUGUCAUCCUCACUGCCCUCCUAGGAGGGAGACACAACUGAGUGCCC